ACUGGUGUGAUGGAGGUAUGUCGAGGUGAUAAGGAGGUUUUAGUCACUCAGGAAAGUGGGGUACAUUCUCAGGCUGCUCCCAUACCUCACGGUGAUAUUGGACCAGUUCUUAACUACCUGCACUCUCAGCUGUGAGCUCAAGCCUCAUGUGGAAUCAUACCAACAGAGCUAAGCUGAUACUCAUCCAAUUGUAUAAGAUUGAAAUUAAGCAGCGGUUCUCAAUGAAUUUGGUGAGUGAGCUUAGGACACUGGUAGCUUUGACAGACCCAGAAGGAGAGACACUGAACCAGUUCUCAAAGCAAAGCUGUGCAGUCACUGGAUAUCUGGAAGGCUCUGUUUAACGCCUUACCUUCUGAGCAAGACACCUCUUUGUGAGGUGGUGGAAUGGCUGAUGAACAGAGCAGCGGUGUUUCCUCGGAUCUUCUCACAGACACCGAGGACACAAACCGGUUCCUGGACGACACUGAGUCCCUGAGUGACACCGACCCUGAACCCAGUCUGCCGUCCUUCGAUUCUCUCUCGCCCCUCAGCGAUUCUGAGGCCGAUGUGUGCUCACCAGUUGAGACCCCAUGUGACUACACCACCCACCACUCAUUGGCUGCCGUGGGCCGCACUCCACCCUCCCAGCUCUUCCAGCUCCGAGGCACCAGCUCCACAUUCUCUUCCCGCAGCCAGAACAUAUUCAGUGGGUUAGAGCAUGCGAUGAAACGAGAGCCGUCCUCCCCAGGGAAUGAGGACACCACUGACGGCGAGUUCACACGUCCCCUCACCCCUGAACCCCAGCGGAAAGUGAUUGGCGAGUGUCUGGCAGGAAAUAGAAUCACCUCCAAUCAGACCAGGCCUACCCGGCAGGGCAGCGGCUCACAGCAAGCCCGGACCCUGCCCGACUACCUGGUGCACCCUGAGCGCUGGACCAGGUACAGCCUGGAGGACGUGGCAGAGACCAGUAACAAGAAGAACACAGCGGUGGCGCUGGAGCUGAUGGAGAGCUUGAAGAGGCAGAGGGAGAGCAGCAUCGUUAGCCCCGCUCUCAGCCAUGCCCAGGCCGAGCGAGCAGCCAGCAAAAUCCUGUUCAGCAAACCAGCCAGCGUGGGGGGCAGCCCGCCUGCCGAGCGGGAGAGGACAGCGGGCAGGACUGAGGCAGGCAGGCAGCCCAGCGCCCUCAGGAAGAGGCCACACCGAGCCGAGCUGGAACCCAGGGAGGCUGGGCAGGUGGGGCUCACACAUCUACAAUCCGGCGAAGCGGACGAGGGGAAAGUGGGUGAGGCGGGGAGGGGAGGCCAGCAGGUGGCCAAAGGGGAGACGUUCCGGGAGCCAGCAGCAUUUCACAGCGCGAAGAAGAGGAACCGAAAGAACAUUCGGAUAAAAACAGCUGAAAACGACGAGGAGAACUAAACUCCCCAGCCUGCCAAUCUUUUACAUUGUAAAUCCAUUAGUCUAAGAAGCCGAGGCCCGAGUUAGAGUCUCUGAGAGACAGAAGGUUUGUAGAGGGUUUGUCUUCACUCACACUGACAGCUGUGGUUACACUGUACAGGAACACGACUGCCUGGCUUUAUCCCUUCCAACUGAAUGAUGCUUUUUGGGGGAGAGUUCUUUUAAUGUCUUUCCACAGUCUGUGGGGAGGUGGAUGGAAAACAAAAGCCACUGAACUGCAGUGAGGCUAGAAUGUACCUGCUUAAUAAACGCUGAUUAUUGUGA